AUGGACGGUCACUUUACUAACUUCUUCAAUAAUCCUCCACAUCUCAUGGCCACGGAAUUAAAAUUCGAUCUUCCGGUAGACGAGAAAGCAAUUGACAUCUGGGAUGCUACAAAAUGGAAGCUAUGGGCAAACAAAGAGAUGAAGCACCAGCGACCACCACCAUUAAAUCAAUUUAUACAGGAUCUUCUUUCAGAUAAUUGGCCUGGCUUUGAUGACCCAUGCUAUGAAAAUCUUAGUAUUUUUGCUCUAUUUCUAGCUAUCUCCGCUUUCCAUCCGAUUGUCUUCAGCGUGAGAUCUAGUCUCUGCCAUAUGCCUGAUGUAGUGAGACAGAUUGAAAGAGCUCUCGUUCGCUGGAUGACGUUAUGGGAAAGGCUACAAGCCAGAUUAAACCAAGAUCAAAUCUAUCGAGCUGGAAUUUUGAUCCAUGCGCAAGACUUGUGCAUUUUUGCAAAGCUAUUGCUUCGAACUCCAUUGUCUGAAACUGGUGAGAUUUCACGAGACUCGAUGGCUCGUGUCUAUGAACUUUUGAGGAAUGCUCCGAAGUGA